UCACAAAGAAUUACGACGUAGGUAUGCGAGUACCUCUUUUUGAGAAUACAGAGAAAACCGAAAGAAAAAAUCUCGUCGGAUUCCGAUUGGAAAUCCUCUCCUGUUGCGGUGUUGGUUGCCACUGUUCCCCGGUUCAUGUUUUGUUAGCUAUCAGAUAUUACAUCGUUGGACUUUCUCCCUAAUGGAUUUAUCUGCAUAAACGAUUCCAGUCUUCCCCACGCCAGUCCUACUGAGAGGGGAAGAUGGCACAUCAACACCUCCCAUUGGAGCUUCCCCAGUGGACAGCAGUCCCAGAUGGGGACCCUGAAUCAGAUUCUGACCGGGACUCAGGAGUCGGAGAAGAUGCCGGCAGUCACCGUGGCAAUGACAUCUCGCACCGGCAGGAUGGAGUUCGAGAGCGAGGCGGAGAGGGGGAUUUCACUAUCUUUGUUGCCUUUCGAGGAAAUAUGGAUGACGAGGACUUACAAGAGAAACUUGACAACAUCCUUAACAGGAUGCCUAGUAUGCUUGAACUAGAUUCUGAUAGACUCCAGCCCCAGCAUGUGGAGCCWUGGAACAGUGUGCGUGUCACCUUUAACAUUCCCCGGGAAGCAGCGGAGCGCCUCAGGCUGCUGGCCCAGAACAACCAGCAGCAGCUCCGAGACCUGGGCAUCCUCUCUGUACAGAUAGAAGGUGAAGGAGCCAUCAACGUGGCCAUGGGGCAGAACAGAGGUCAGGAGGUCAGAGUGAACGGACCAAUCGGCGCGCCCGGACAGAUGAGGAUGGAUGUGGGAUUCCCAGGACAACCAGGCCCAGGAGGCAUGAGAAUGAGCAACCCGUCGAUGGUCCCCCCUGGCCCCGGUAUGUCUGGCCAGGCCAUGGUCCCCAGCAGCAGUGGCCAGAUGCACCCCAGACCCCCUUCGCAGACUGAUGCAAUGGACCCCAUGAUGUCCUUACAACAGCAGCAGCUUCAGCAUCCCCAGGCUGGCCCCCACAGCCAAGGCCCCAUGCCCCCCCAGGCUGCUCACCACAUUCAGGUCAUGCAGGCAGGGCGGCAGCUCAACCCAGCCGCCCUCCAGCAGCUGCAGCAGGCUCAGCAACAGGCCCAGCUCUCCCAGCUUGGUGGCCCCCGUCCCCCUUUCAAUCCCUCCGGCCAGAUGCCUGUACCCUCCGGCUGGAACCAGCUCCCCUCAGGGGUCCUCCAGCCCCCUCCAGCCCAGGGAGGACCCAUGGGCCCAACAGCCUGGAGGAAGGCCCCUCCCCAAGUCCAGAUGGGUCAACGUCCCCCCUCCCUGGCUACGGUGCAGACCCCCAGCCACCCUCCACCUCCGUACCCGUUUGGUAGCCAGCAGGCUGGCCAGGUGUUUAAUGCUAUGGGGCAGCUCCAGCAACAGCAGCAGUCAGGGGCUGGUCAAUUUGCAGCCCCCCAACCUAAAGGUCCCCAAGGUGUGCUUGGAGGGGUGGCAGGACUCCCUAGACCUCAUCUGCCUCAAUCAGCAGGGCCUCAGGGUAACCUCACAGCCAAGUCCCCUGGGUCUUCAUCUUCCCCCUUCCAGCAGGGUUCUCCAGGGACUCCUCCCAUGAUGGGUCAGGCCCAGCUAGGCCCGCGAUCUAUGGCCCCACAGGGUUUCCCUCAAGGGGUGGGCUCACCGGGCAGGGUGGUGAUGGGACAGCAGGGUAACAUGCAGCAAGGGUUCAUAGGAAUGCCCCAACAUGGGCAACCUGGACCUCAGGUUCAUCAAGGAGGAAUGGGAGGCAUGCCCAAACGUCUGCCCAUGGGGUUCCCUAGCGUCUCAGGGAACCAGAACUUUGCCCAGGGUCAGGUGACUAGCGCCCCAGGAACCCCAGGGGGAGGAGCCAAUCCCCAGAGCAGCCAGACUAUGGCCCACACAGGAGCCCAGUCAUCAGCCUCCACCCCCAACACCAUGCAGGGUCCCUCACACUCCCAGCCCAAUGUCAUGGGCCUCCACAGUGGCAUGGCUGGCCAGCCCCAAGGCACCAACUCCGGGUCCAGUAUGAGCCAGCCCCAGCCAGGCCUCCAGUCCCAGAUGAUGGACCUCCAGGGCCAGCCCGUGUCCUCGUCCCCCAGCCAGAUGGUUCAAGGUGGGGGUCAGGGGCAGACAGUCCUCUCUAGACCCCUCAACCCAGGGCAGAGAGGAGGCAUGACCCCACCCAAACAGCUGAUGCCACAGCAGGGCCAGGGCCAGAUGAUUGGAGGGCCGGGGCACCAGGCGAUGCUCCUACAACAACAACAGCAAAACUCCAUGAUGGAACAGAUGCAACAAAUGCAAGGAAACAAGCAGGCGUUUGGUUUGAAAGGUCAAGCCGGGGUCAUGCCAGGUCAGAUGAUGCGGGGUCCAUCUCCUAACGUGCCCGGAAACAUGGCUCAGUUCCAGCAGCCUCAGGUGGGCCAACAGCAGCAACAAAUGACUCCGCAGCAGCAGCAUCAACAGCAGCAGCAAAUGGCUCAGCUCCAACAGUUACAACAACUGCAGCUACAACAGCUACAACAGCAGCAGCAACAACAACAACAACAACAGAUGACCCAGCAGCAACCCCAACAGGUCCCCAUUGGCGGCAACCCCAACCAGGCCAUGGGUAUGCAGGGUCAACAGAUGAGACUCCCCAGUGGUCAUCCUCUGGUCCAACAGCAGCUACAGCAGCAGCAGCUCCAACAAAAACAAGCCAUGCUGCAACAGCAGCAGCAACAGGCGGCGCAGCAACACCCACACGCUCUCGGGGACCCCAGCGGUGCUACAGGCGACAUGGGCGGUGUCCAACAGAUGCUCCCGGACAUGCAGGUUCARCAACAAGGCAUGAUGGGAAUUGGAGUCCCUCAGCACAUGCAGGUGGGCAAUGGCCACUUCCCUGGUCAUGGGAUGAACUUCAACCCCCAGUUUGGGGGUCAGAUGCCCAUGGGAGGGCCGUGUGCUCAGGCAGGGGGGUUUCCAGUGAACAAGGAUGUGACACUAACCAGUCCUCUCCUGGUCAACCUGCUUCAGAGUGACAUCUCUGCCAGUCAGUUUGGACCUGGGGGGAAGCAGGCGGCUGGAGGACCUGGCCAGGCCAAACCCAAGAAGAAGAAACCACCACGCAAGAAGAAGCCCAAAGUAGGGGAGGGACAGCAGCCGGUCGAGGGGCUAGGGGGUCUGGAUGUGGGGGCUGGCCUGGAGGACCCGGAGCUGCCAGGGCUGAGUGGGGAACAGGGAGUGGGCAUGGACCCUUCCGGACCCAAACUCUCAGACUUCACCAACAGGCCUGCAGGUUUCCCAGGUCAGCCUGGAGACCAGAGAGUCCUACAGCAGGUGCCCAUGCAGUUCAUGCAGCAACAGCAGCAACAGCAGCAACAACAACAGCAGCAGCAACAACAACAGCAGCAGCAACAGCAACAGCAACAGCAACAGCAGCAGCAACAGCAACAGCAGCAGCAACAACAACAACAACAGCAGCAGCAGCAGCAACAGCAACAGCAGCAACAACAACAACAGCAGCAGCAACAACAACAGCAGCAGCAUCAAAUGCAGCAUAUGCAACAACAGCAAAUGCAACAGCUGCAACAACAGCAAAUGCAACAACAACUACAACAGCAGCAGAUGCAGGGACUGCAGGUUCCUGCUGGACAGCAGCAGGGGGUAGCUGGAGCUCAGGGUCCGACUCAAGUCCAGCCACAGAUGCACCCUCAUCAGCUACAGCAGCAGCAGCAACAGCAGCAGCAGAUGCUGAUGAUCAUGAAGAUGCAGCAGGAGCAGGCUAAGAGCCGGAUGCCCCUCCCUCCAGGCGGGCAGCACCCCCCCAGGGGCAUGUUGAAUCCCGGGGAGGCCCAGAGGAUACCCGGGUCCCAACAGGGCAACAUGCCUGUCAUGAUCAACCUCCAGGGGCACGGAGGAGUGCCUCCCUCUCCAGACAAACCCAGAGGGAUGCCCCUCAUCGUCAAUCCACAGAUGGCUGGGGCAGCCAGAAGGAUGUCUCACCCCGAGGCAGKGCAGGGUACUGGGGCUGAGGAGGCCCCUGGAGCAGCCAACUCCUUGCAAGACAGACCCGGGGGCCAGGAGAUGGGCAUGCCGCCUGGGAACGGGGCCCAACAGAUGUUGGUGAACCAGGGCCCCAAUACCCACAUGAUGAAGCAAGGCCCAGGCCCCUCGCCCCAGCACCCUGGAGCCAGCCCCCAGCAGCAGAUGCCCCCUCAGCCCCAGCAGGGUGGCCCCAUGCCAGGCCUCCACUUCCCUAAUGUCCCCACAACUUCCCAGAGCUCCAGGCCCAAAACACCCAACCGAGCCAGUCCCAGGCCCUACCACCAUCCUCUCACCCCAACCAAUCGUCCUCCCAGCACUGAGCCCUCUGAGAUCAACCUCUCCCCUGAGAGGCUGAAUGCCUCCAUCGCAGGCCUGUUCCCCCCCAAAAUCAACAUCCCUCUGCCCCCCAGGCAGCCCAACCUUAGCCGGGGCUUUGACCAGCAGGGUGGGCUCAACCCCACCACUCUCAAAGCCAUAGGGCAGGCCCCUCCCAGCCUAACUCUGCCCAGCAACAACGGAAGUGGUGUAGGUAACUCUAACAACGGUCAGCAGUCUUUCCCUACAGGCAGUGGAGCUGCCAACUCGGGCCAGGGCAAACCGGACAAGCAGCCUGGAGGAGGUCAGGCUAAAAGGGCCAAUCCCAGUAACGGCCGCAGAUCCAGCCCUGCCUCCAGCCGCAAAGUCACUAACCCCAGCUCAGGGAGGCAGAAGUGGACCAAAAUCACCCUCACAUCCCCUUCUCACCAGCAACAAAUGGUCAACCCCCAGACAGGGCAGACCAUGAUGCUGAGCCCCACCCCGGUGCCUCCUAGCCCAGUCACUCUCCCACCAGCGGCGGGGGUGGGCCUGGAGCCCCAGCAGAUCCAGACCCCCUUCCAGGUGAUGCAGGGUAACCCAGCUGAGAUGCCCAGGGAAGGGCAGGGAAUGGCAGGUGUAGARCACCGGCAGAUGCCCCAGCCUCUGAGGGAGCUCUCCGCCCCACGGAUGGCUAGCCCCCGUGUAGCCACUCCUCAGGAGGCUAAAGCUGGGCUGGAGCAGACAGUGGCGAUAGUGGCGAGGCAGCCUGUACAGAGCACUCCUCAGCAGGUGUCUGGAUCUGAGGCCUCUCCUUCUCUCAACCAGCUGCUGGAUAACGCAGCCACCCCCAGCGUGCAUCCCAGGCCCACUCUGAUUGCUCCAGCUGGGGAUGCUGCCUGCAAGGAGAGCUCUAAAGCCUCCAUAGUUUCAGAGAACCUAUCCAGUGUUUUUCAGAGCUCGAAUGCGGGGGCUACCACUGUUGCUACUACUGCUGCUGUGAACGAGCCAGAAGCUAACCCCAAGCCUAGCUCAACCCCCAGCCCAAAACUCCCAAAUCCAGUCGGUAGUCCUAACCUGCAGCGCAAUGCAAAUACCAAUCUGAAUGCUAAUCCCGGCCCUAGCCCCAAUCUUAACCCAACUGACAGCCCCAACGUCAACUCUAACUCUAGCCCCAGCGCCAAGCCUAGCACCCCUAGCCCUAACUUAAACCCUACCAUUACCCACGGCACUACUCUAAAUCCUACUCCUAGUUUUAGCAUCAGUGUGGGUGCCAGCGUCAGUCACAGUAGUCCCCUCCCCAACAUUACCUCCAGCCCCAAACCUAACCCAAACCCUGCCAUUAGCCCCAAACCAACCCCCAGCCCCAAACCUAACCCAAACCCUGCCAUUAGCCCCAAACCAACCCCCAGCCCCAAACCUAACCCAAACCCUGCCGUUGGCCCCAAACCAACCCCCAGCCCUAAACCCUCGACCAAUAUCCCCACUGUCCUGCAGAUCCCUGCAUCAUCUGCCACCAUCUUCCCCAACCAGAUCAGUUACACCCCAGCUCCCACCCCCCAGGCCCCCCCAGGUGUCAUCUCCGCUAUGGUGGCAAUGCCCAAAAAGAACAUCAGACCCCAGCAGUCCAGCCAGCAGACCCGUGGCCCCCACCCCCAGUUUAUCACCACUCCUGUGUUUAACACCGGUACUCCCAUCUUCCACGUCCCUACAGUGUCUGUGGCCCCCAACGCCACGGUAGUGUCCCAGCCGGUCACCAUGGUAAAGCCCAUACAGGUGUCCACCACUAACAUCCAGCUCACUGCUGCUCCAACCCAGGCCCAAGCCCCGGCCUCGACUCAGGCUGCUGUGGUCAGUGUGGCUAGCUACCAGCCUGCCCGAACGCUAGUUGGGCAGGUCCAGAUGGCCACUAGACGUGCUUCCCCUGUCCCUGUUAGUACUCUGCCUCGACCUCAGCAGCAAAAGCCUGGCACUCCCAAGUCGGAGACCCCGGGUGAGGCGCCCCCUGGCCAGAAAUUGAGCCCACCAGUUGGGCAGCCAUCCCCCCAUCCCAGCCUCUCUCCCACAGCCUUGGCGUCUGCCUCGUCUUCCGUCCAACAGCCCCUAGYGUCCCCUCCUCCAUGCUCCAGUCCUGGUGCCCCAGCCAGCGCCCGGAAGAGCCCUAUGUCCCCCCCCAAGCCUGCCCAGGGAAAGCCUGCCGAGGGAAAGCCUGCCCAGGCUCCUGGCUCCGCACCACCAGUGGGUAAUCGACCAGACUACCAGCAGGUUGCUGAAGCACGGGCUGCCCAACCUUUAGAGGGGACUUCCCAGCCCCAGAGGGGGCCGAACUGGGCUGUGCCCCCUCACGCCUUCCCUCCACCCCCUGCAUCUGUCAUCCAGACUCGGACCACAGUGUCUGGAGCACAGACUCGGACCACAGUGUCUGGAGCACAGACUCGGACCACAGCUGCUGCUGUUCCUAUGAAAGUCACCACUCCUCCAGUAUCAGCGCCAACUCCUGUCCUUGCUCAAUCUGCUGCACCAGCCCAGUCCUGUCUUCCUGCCUCUAAUACUACCACCCCUCCCCCAGUGUCAGUCCCUGUCACCACCCGAACCUCUACUACUGCCCCUGUUCCUACCCCUGCUACGUCUCUCCCUGCUCCUUCUUCAGCCUCAGUCCCAAGUCCAUCCCCAUYCACCUCUCCUGUUGCUGCCGCCCCUGGACCCCCCAACCCCCCCGGUCCCUCCCCAGCCAUAUCCUCCCUAGUGGCCCCUACCCCUACUGGGGCUCAGCCUGCCCCCACAGCCAUGGAGCCUCCCAGCCAGCCAGCCCCACUAGAGCCCCCAGCACUUGCAGGCAACACCCCAGUGUCAGUCCAACCUGAACCUCUACAGCAAGAGGAGCCUGCUGCUACGGAGAAGACUGCAGAAGUUGCCACAGUAACCGAGCAAGGAUGGGCAAAGAAAAGAAAGACUCCCGUCAACUUAGUCCCAAGGGCUGCUGUGGAGAAGCCGAAAGGUCCCAGCAGACGGAGCUCGCGGGCUGAAAAGGAGGUGGAGGAGGAAACGGUGGCAGACGGCGUGCAGAGGAAGAGACCAGCCAGGCCUGGAGCCAGCGCUAUGGUUGCUGCUAAAGAAACCGGUGCCAGUCCUACCCAGGCUAAGAGAAGGAAGUCUAAAUGACCACAGUAGUGAAACCCUGUGAACUGUAAAUGUGUUUUUCUGUCAAUCAUUCAAUGAGUUUAUUUUCUCCCAGAUUAUGAAUUCUCAAUGGAGAAAAUAACCAUGUACAGAUAAUUGUUUGAAAAUAAUUAUGUUGAUGUUUUGUCCCAGCUAUCAUGUGAGGUUGUAGCUAGUGUGUGUUUGUGCGYGUGUGAAUGUGUUUUGUUUUUAAACAAUUAUGCUGGAUUAAUCAUGUGAAGACUGAUAAUUGAAGGUGUCUCAAUUGUAUAAUUAUGUUGUGAAACUUAUUAAAAUGUUCUGCUACUUAA